CCUCCUCCACCCCACCCGCCAGGCCCUGGGGGUGUAGCAGCCCCCCCAGCCUGGAGGCAAUCAAUCCCCCAGGGCAGGAGGCCUGCUGGGCUAUGGAGGGGGGGUGUUAAUAUCCCUUUAAGCGGCUCCUUUACUUUGCAUUUCUCCCCCCCCCACGCCCCCCCUCCUCUACUGUUGUCUUCUCCUCCCUCAGGGUCCUAGGGGCUGACUCAUUCCGCUCCAGCCGGGAGUGGGGAACAGCCGCUCCAGCAGCAGCAAAAGAGAGGCAGAAGCCAGAGAGCAGCCCCCUGUCCCUCCCCUGCAAAGAUGGAGGAGCCGGAAGCGAGCAUUGUGGUGAAGCUGGAGGGUGACUCGGAGGAAGAGGAGGAGAAAGAAGAGGCUGCCAUCUAUGCCAAGUGCGGCCGGCGCUACAAGUGCCUGCCGUGUGGCAAGACCUUCCCCAGCGUGCCCCGGGUGCUCCGCCACGCCAAGUGCCACGCUGGCGGGGGCACCGCCACGGCCAAGCACACCUGCCCCAGCUGCACCAAGGAGUUCCCCGACCGCUCGCAGCUGCACAAGCACCAGCUGAGCCACUCGGCCGAGCGCCCCUUCCAGUGCCUGCAGUGCUCUAAGGCCUACAAGACGGCGCCGGAGCUGCGCAGCCACGGACGCAGCCACACGGGCGAGAAGCCCUUCAUCUGCCAGGAGUGCGGCAAGGCCUUCAUGCAGCCGGUGUGCCUGCGCGUCCACAUGGCCCGGCACACCGGCGACCUGCCCUUCCGCUGCUCCCACUGCGCCAAGGGCUACGGCACGCUCUCCAAGCUGAAGAUCCACCAGCGGGCCCACACGGGCGAGAAGCCCUACACCUGCGGCGAGUGCGGCAAAGCCUUCGCCGACCCCUCGGUCUUCCGCAAGCACCGGCGCAUCCACGCCGGCCUGCGCCCCUACCAGUGCAGCGCCUGCCAGAAGACCUACGCCGAGCUGAAGGACCUGAAGAACCACGAGCGCAGCCACACCGGGGAGAAGCCCUUCCUGUGCUCCGACUGCGGCAAAGCCUUCUCCCGCUCCUCCUCGCUCACCUGCCACCAGCGCAUCCACGCGGAGCAGAAACCCUACUGCUGCGGCCAGUGCGGCAAAGGCUUCACCCAGCUCUCGUCCUACCAGAGCCACCAGCGCACCCACUCCGGGGAGAAGCCGUUCCUCUGCCCGCAGUGCGGCCGCAUGUUCUCGGAUCCCUCCAGCUUCCGGCGCCACCAGCGGGCCCACCAGGGCGUCAAGCCGUACCAGUGCGACAAGUGCAGCAAGGCUUUUCGCCAGCCGGCCGACCUGGCCAUGCACCAGCGGAUCCACACCGGCGAGCGGCCCUACAAGUGCCUGCAGUGCGACAAGACCUUCGUGGCCUCCUGGGAUCUCAAGCGGCACCAGCUGGUGCACUCGGGCGAGCGGCCGUUCCAGUGCGGGGAGUGCGGGAAGAGCUUCGCCGAGCGGGCCAGCCUCACCAAGCACUACCGGGUGCACUCGGGCGAGCGGCCCUUCAAGUGCGGCCGCUGCGGCAAGACCUUCGUGGUCUCCUCCAGCCUCCGCAAGCACGAGCGGACCCACGGCGAGCGGCGGGGCGGGGAGGAGGAGGAGGAGGAGGAGGAGGAAGCGGGAGCUGUGGCCCGGCACAUCUGCCGGCUCUGCGGGGCCGCCUUCGGCGAGGCUGCGGCGUUGCGGCGCCACCAGCGGGGGGAGCACCCGGAGGUGGCCCCCGGGGCGCUCACUUGUGCCGAAUGCGGGGAGACCUUCUCCUCGCCCUACGACCUGCGCAAGCACGAGCGGCUCCACCCCAGCCUGCGCCCCUUCCCCUGCCCCGAGUGCGGCAAGGGCUUCUCCGACCGCGCCGGCCUGCGCAAGCACGAGCGCAUCCACUCCGGGGUGCGGCCCCACGGCUGCCAGCGCUGCGGCAAGGCCUUCCUCGGCGCCGCCGACCUCCGCAAGCACCUGCGCACCCACGGCCCCGCCCCCGGCCCACCCCUUGCCGAGGCCGCCCACCCCCCCGACGGGCCUGACGGCUGCCUGCCGGAAGGACUGAGCCAGUCCUCCUGAGCCCCUCCCUCCUUAGGGGGCGUGGCUGUGUGCCGCUGGGGCCCCUCCCUCCUUAGGGGGCGUGGCUGUGUGCCGCUGGGGCCCCUCCCCCUUCUGGGAGGUGUGGCUCUUUGGUAACCCCCCCCCGCAGGUGGGCAUAGCCUGCUGAUCCCCUCGGGCUCCUUACCUCCUCAGCCAUCAUGGGGGUGUGGUCUGUGCUCCCAGGCUCCUCCCCUUCCCUCUAAGGGCGUGGCUAUCUGCCAAUCUCAUCCCCCGCCUCUCCAUCUCCUCAGCCCCCAUAGGGGGUUGCUUAUUGUUCCCCAAGGGAGGUGGGCCGCCUCCUCCCUUUGUCCCUCUGCUCCUUUUAGGGAGGGGUAGGAGGCUGGGGAGAUUAUGACAGGAGGGCAGCAUGUGGUUCAAUGCCCCUCCCUCUCCAGGGGGUGUGGCUGUACUGGCCCCUCCUUUUCCCAGGGGGCGUGGCUCUCUACUCCCAGGCCCCGCCCCAUCGGGCAUGGCUGACUGGUGAUGCACUGUCCGCGUGCCUAGAAACCUGUGGGGGGGCGAGGGGGUCGGCGCUGCCCCCUGCUGGAGAGAAUUGGAGCGACCCGUGAGAGCAAUGGGUUGAUGGGCUGCUGGGCGUGGCGUGCGGGCGCAGGGGAGCUGGACGGGUUUGUGGGGCCGAGAGGGUUGAACUGCAGUUCAGGGAAGCUCGUGGUAACCGCCGGCAAAAGCUUCUUUGUAAAUCGGCCUCGUGCCGGUGUGAAAAGACAAUGAAAUAAAUCUCUCUUUUUGUAGCCUCGGGACUUGCUGUGAUUCCUCUCC